AAGUUUUUUUUUUCAUUGUUUUGUUUUAAAUAAAACUGUAUCAAAAGAUUUUAUGUCCCAGCUUUACGAGAUGGACCCUGCAGUCCACCCGUCCUUAAAAGUGUUAAAAGUAUUUUUAUUUUUUUAAUAUUAUAUAAUACGGUAUGCUUCACUGCACAUGAGGAAGUCUCAGCUUUGCAAGUUACGGUAGAUGAAGCGUACAGUCAGCAAUUUCGCAGCGAUAUUUCUCCAUCCAAAUCACCCAUUGAGGCAACGCCAUCCAGAACGAACAACAAAUAGUGGUGUUGUGUUAAAACAUAUUAGGAAGCGAGAAGAGUACGACGACCGUAUGUUUAAGCAGAAAACAAGGAAUAAUGACGCUCUACCUAAAUUGGAGAAGAAUGUUUGACUCUUGCUGAAGCUAUAAAAAGCCUUGAGCUGAUGCCAGGUAAAACGCUUGCUUCGCUUUACGUGACAGAUUCGCUUUGACAGAAAAGAUAAAUACAUGCAAUAAUACUAAGUUUCCCACAUAAGCAACGCUGACGCCAAAGCGACGCCGAAAGCUCGCCAACUCUCAUCUUUUCGCGCGCGUUGAGCGUCAGCUGAUUUUUAUUUUCCUUUUAUUCUUCACAUUCGCUUGAGACGGACGCGAUAAAUUUUUAAUUUUUUUCAAAAAAGCAAGCAAAGGAUGGAGGAGAAACUAAUUGAGGCCAUCAAAAUGCAGCCAUGCCUGUUCGACAAAAGUUCCAACUUAUUCCGGAAUAAGUAUCUGAAGGAAUGGGCAUGGCAGGCAGUUGCGGCUUCCGUAGGAGUUUCUGGUAAGUAGCUGCUAUUUCUGUGUAUAUUUGUAUAUAUGUAAAUAUAUGAGUGAUUAUUUACUAAGCUUUUUUCUUCAAUAAUAGAGGAACACUGCAGAAAUAGAUGGAAGUCGCUCCGGGACAGAUUUGUGCGGGAGGUGGCAGCCAAUCGGCCAAAAUCCGGAGACGCUGCCAAUUACAAGCCGGAAUGGUGCUUUAUGGACGCUAUGCGCUUCCUAACAAAGCACAUAGCUCCUAGAAGGUAAACUACUCAGAAAUACAUACUGAUGAUCCCCGGCAAUAACGACAGAAUUCAAAAAAUUAAAACCCUUACUACAUACUUUUAAGUGGCUCAUGACUCUAAUCCCUAACACUUACUUUAGUAAUCCAUAAUUUUUUAAGGAGUAGACAAGGAUUAGAGACAUGCAAUACAUGCAUAUGUAUGUAAAUGUAUAUUGUUUUAAUAAUACAAUAUAAGAAGUUUGUAAAUAUGAAUGCUUAUGAUAUGUUACACUAGUGAACAAACAAUUUAUGCAUUAAUUAUUUUUGACCAGUGUAAAUACAUAGGCAUACAAAUUUACAUUACUAUAUGCUUUAUUAUUAUUUUCUUUACAGAACAAUCUCAAACUUGGAUUUUGACGAUGAUCAACCCUCAUACAGCAACUCCCCACAAAUACCACACAGCGAAAGUGGCGAUGGAGGAAAUGGUCGAGUUUGUGGAAGAGGCGCCCAUUACCGGUGCAAUCACUCCAGCAGGAAAGAAGCGCAAGCGGGUGGAAGAAUCGCACGAACGAUUUGAUCGUCUGUGUGGCAGUAUUGAGGCCGUAAUUGCAAGCAAAGCCCGCUACACCGAUUCUGAUAACAGCGCCUUCCUGCAAAUGCUAGACGAGUGCCUGAAGAAAAAGCCCGAUCACGUGCGUGAACGGCUAAAAAUUGAAUUGCUAACGCAUGCAUAUAUUGCAAACUAAGACUGAUGAUUUUUUCCUAA